AUGAUGGAAGAAAAAAAUAGAAUUCAUAAAGUAGGCUCGUACUCAUUUAUCGAGAACAUCGAAGACCACCCGGUGCUGUCGUCGUCGGAGACGUCCACGGUGUCGUCCUCAGCGUCGAGCCGCGGGGCCCCAGGCAUCGCCGAAAGCGAGGAGGGAUCACAGAGGGAGCCAGAGCGCACGAUUUCGCGAAUGUUCUUUUCCGACGACGUGAACGACCAGCGUCUCGAGGACGAGUACAACCAUGUGCCGCUGGCCAACACGUCCAGCGCCUCCUCCACGGUCGAAGAGCUCUCUGACGCUCUUGCGCACGACCUGAGUUUUCUGAAUAUUUCCACAUCCAGCCUAGUAAAGCAGGAAAAAGAGGAAUACACAAACGAGAUCCCCGAUUUUUACCUUCCCGAGAAGAUACACUACCCGUACAAAUCGCCCUACGACUUCUCGGACGCCGAGUUCGACAAGAUGAACCACUUUGAUUUUUUGCAGUCGCUGGGCUAUAAAGAACCGCCGCUUUUACCUCCUUAUUUGAACUCCAAUCUGCUGAACGACUCGCCAUCUCACAACUAUCGCACAUACCCUUACCAAUACCAGUACUCGAACCACGUCUACAUCAACGAACAGCACCAUUACAACAUCAACAACCUGAACUUGAUGGACAAGUACAGCCGCCAGCCGCGCUCCAAGUCGAUCAGAGAACAGCUGAAAAAACGGGCUAGCGACCAGGGCGUCCAAACAGUUUCACAAUUACGACACUCCGAUUACGUUGAGAACAUUGACCACCAGGACAUUCCGAACCACGUGAUGCUCAACCACCUCAUCACCUGUAACUCCAAGGUGGACAACGUUCUUGCGGGCUCCUGCAUCCAUCGAUACGGCGGGAAAUUCAUUACUCAGAUAGUAUACUUUCCAAUUGGUGAGAGCGUAAUAUGA